AUGUCAGCCGGUCUGGGCCCCGAGGGGGCCCUCUCGCCGGUCAAAGUAGCUCAGUACGAUACGGGGCAGGUGCAGCCCAAGCAGCAGCGACAGCAGCAUGCCGAUCCCCAGCAGCAGCAGCAGCAGCAGCGGCAGCAGCAGCAGCAGCCGCAGGAGGAGGAGCGGCACACGCUGCCGCCGCUGUCGGCCACGCGCGCAUCGCCGCCGGAGCCGUCUCAGCCGCGCCCGAGCAGCAGCAGCGGCGUCAGCAGCAGCAGUGCGGCCGCGGCGUGCUCGCCGCCGCGCAGCCCCCGAAGUGCCGCCACUGCGCCGCCGCAGCCACGCCACGCGCCCAAGCCCGCGUCUGGGCUGCAGCAGCGGGCGGCGGACCUGACCACCGCGAUCUCGGACCCCAAUGACAUUGUCAAGAGCGGCUAUGCAGAUGCCCUAGAGGUCGCCGCGGCCGCCGAGAAGCUGCAGGCGCUGCCGCCCAAGACGCUGGCCACCGCCAGCUCGCUGCUGUCCGACCUGCCCGCCACGCUGCUGCCCGUCGUCAUUGCAAAGUCGACCGCGCGGCGCGGCAAGGGCGGGCGCCAGCCCGCGGCGGACCCGCGGCUCGACCCCAACAUGGACCCCAAGAGGGCCAAUCGCAUCCUGGCAAACCGCCAGAGCGCCGCGCGCAGCAAGCUGAAGCAGAAGCUGCUGUCAGAGGGCCUCAAGGCGCGCCAGCAGGUGCUCGCCGCGCAGCAGCGGUCAGCCGCCAGCGAGGCGCGCCAGCAGCGCAAGCAGCAGGCGGCGGCGGCGGCCGGCGAGGUGCGGCCUGCCAAGAAGCCGCGCACGUCGCGGGCCCCGCGCCAGCCGAAGCCAUCUGCUGAGCAGCCGAAGCCGGCCGGCGCUGCUGCCGCCCCGAGCGCCCCCGCGAGCGCGCCGGCAGCCGCCGCGGCUGCGCCCUCCGCCGGCGCCGGCUGCAGCGUCAACCCGGCGGCGGCGGCGCGCCGCCAUCAACAGCACCAGCACAGCGAAGGCGCGGCUCAGCACGCGCAGAAUGCGGAGGCGCCCAUCACUGCAGCGGCGGCAGCGGCGGCGUUCGCGGCCGCGGCGAAGCGGGAGCCCCUGUUUUCCUCGGACCUGCCCCCGGCCCCAGCGGCGCCUGCGGUGCGAUACUCGGGGGCCUCCGCUUCCAACGCCGCGGCCGCAGCUGCGGCCGCUCCGGCGCCGGCGACGCAGCAGCCGCCUCAGCAGCGGUCGUAUGGGGGGCCGUGCGGCAGCAGUGACGGCUCCAACGGUGGCCCCGCCGCGACUCGCGUGGCCCACCAACACCACCAACACUCGCAGCCGCAGCAGCCGCAGCCGCAGCCGCACCUGCAGCAUCAGCAGCAUGCGUGCGCACAGGUACUCCCAAAUGCUAGCGCCGCCGCGGCAUCCGCGGCCGCGGCCGCAGCGGCGGCCUUCUGGCCCAAUGUGGCUGCGGCGGCCGCGCAGUUUGGCGCGUCGGGGGCCGCGCUGCCUGGUGGCGGCUCGUACUUUGAGGCAUCCUCAUUUGAGGCGGGGUUUUUUCAGCAGCUGCAUGCUCUGCACCAGCAGUACAUGCAGCAGCAAAUUGCGGCUGGCCUGGGUGCGCCCCACCAGCUGAUGCCGCCGCCGCCCCAGCCGCUGCCGCAGCAGAGCGGCACGCAGCAGCCGAGCGCCACGCUGCAGCAGCAGCUGUCCCUGCAGCAGCAGCGCCCGCCCGCCGCCGCCGGCACCACGCGGCAGCCGGGCGGGCCGGCCGCCGUCGGUGCGGCGCCGUUGCCCGCGGGCGGCAGUGCGGCGCCGGUGUGGGCGGCAGCGCUGGCGGCGAGCGGGCAGCCGCUGUGGCGCGACCCGAGCAUGGGCAGCCGCACGUCCCUUUCCGCCUCGACCUCUGUGCUGCAGCCGCUGCCGGUCGACCCGCAGCGCCACCUGGCGCUCUGCCCCAACAACCAGCCGCAGCCUCAGCAGCAGCAGCAGCCUCAGCAGCAGCAGCAGCCUCAGCAGCAGCAGCAGCCUCAGCAGCAGCAGCAGGCGGUGGCCCCCCCACACGCACCACAGGCUCAGCAGCAGCAGCAGCAGCAGCCCUCCGACUGGGCGUGGCCCGCGAAUGAUCGGCCGCCCUCUGACGGCCGCGGCGUUGGCGACUCCAAUGGGGAGGAGGAAGACGACGGGCAGCGCCUCGAGCUGCCCCCAAACGACUUUGGGUCGUUCGGCGCCGGCGGGUUCGACAGCUGCGGCGGCAUGAUGCGCCUCGCCGGCGGCAGCAGCGGCGGCGGCGGCGGCGGCGCGUGCGGCGGCGAGGAGGGGGAAGACGGGGACGGGCUGUGGGCGUCCGGCCGCGCGUGCGACGACGCGUUGAUGGCCGAGGCGGACGGGAUGUUCUGCUGA